AUGCCUCUAUUCAGGAGUUUCCCUGAUAUACCGGCCCAAUCGUCUCAACAGAUUGCCCUCUCCCUUACAAUUCUACUAUCAAUCAUAACGAGUGUACUACUUUCAUGGAGCCUACAGUCUGCCAAAUUCCUUGGGCCAAUGAUCCAAUACUGCAAGGAAGAGCUAUUCUUGGAAUCAGUCACCAUAGUCACAAAUGGCAGCUUGGUCAAACGAGAUUUCCUCGAACGAUACGGCCGCUUCAUUGACAUUUUGGCUGUAUCAUGCGACUCUUUCAAUGAGCAGACGAACAUCGAAAUUGGCCGCGGGAAGGGUGAUCAAGUGCCGCAACUAUUUCGCAUCGCUGAAUGGUGCCGGGAAAAUGGUAUCAAGUUCAUAUUGAACACGGUUGUUCUUAUGGUCCAAGGAGAAAAUGAUUUCGACAAGACAUUGAGGGAUGUGCGGAAGUUUCAGAUCACUGACCAGCAGUACAAGGAGUUCUGUCGUCGGCAUGAGCAUCAACCGUCGUUCGUUGCAGAGCCGAAUUAUCUUAUGGCAAAAUCAUAUUUGAUUUUGGAUGAGUAUAUGCGGUUUCUGGACAGGGAUGGCCGAGAACCGUCAGCGUCUAUCCUAGAUGUUGACGUCUUUACUGCCUUGGGCCAGGUGUACUGGGACGAAACGAGCUUCAACAGACGUGGUGGUGUCUAUGACUGGAACAGAGAAACGAAUCAGUCGUCUUGCGGGUCUGGGGAUAGCAAGGCUUUGAAAUGGUGA